AGUUGGAAGGAAGGGGCAAGAUCCCGCACGGACAGGCCUUCCGCACAGGUGACCGAAGGAGGCGGGGGAGCCAUGGCGGCGGCGGCCGUGGCCGGCCUGAUCCCCGUGGUUCACUCGGUGGCGGGCGACAAGACCAGCUACUACCUCGGGCGGCAGAUGUGGUUCGGCUUCACGGGGCUGUACGGGCUGGUGGUGUACGUGGCGCGCCUGCCCUGGGCCCUCCUCCACCAGGACUUCUGGUGCCACGGGAACAUCUCCACCCCGUGCCUGGUGCAGUGCUUCGAAGCCCACUUCGACCGGCCCGUGGUGGGCGUCUGGUACUUCUUCUGCUUCACCUUCCUGGCCCUCUUCUUCCUGCUGGAGUUCUUCGUGGCCCAGCUGCGGCACAAGCAGGCCAAGCUCAGGGCGCUGGCGGCCCAGGGGGACCAGUGCGAGGCGAGCUCCCUGACGGGCGUCCGGGAAGAGGCCCAGGGCCAGAAGCGGACCAUCCUGGACUUCCACCGCGAGAAGAUGAUGCUGGACCUCUACCUGCUCUACUUCCUGCUGCAGCUCCUCAGCCAGGGCCUGUUCGCCACCCUGCUGCUCUUCGCCCACCUGCCCCUGGUAGACAGCUCGCCCAUCCGCUGCAGCACCCCGCUCUGCCCCGGCCCCUUCAGCUGCCUGGUCAGGGGCUCCAAGGAGAAGCGCAUGUCCAUCUACACGCUCUUCACGCUGGCCGCCGUGAUCCUCCUCUUCUGCUCCUCCUUCUUCGCCUACAGCGUCCACCACUACUUUCUGCGCGGGGUGGCCUACGGCCCGAGGAAGAGCCCCUGGGCCGACUGAGCCCCGGCGGGCCCGCCGAGACCCGGCCUCUUUCUUUGCCCCGCUCCCCAAUAAACAGCCCCACACCGGCCGUCGGGGGUGACUUCC